GGCGGGGUUCCGUCAUGCGACUCCCCAGUAGUCCACAGGUGUGGUAGGCCUUCGUCAAACAACGAUGGAGGACAAUGUUGUCGUUAUCACGGCGCACGAGCAAACACAACGCACAGUGGACGACUGGAUGACGGCAGAAUGCAUCCCAUUCAAUAUGAUGCGGAGCGAGUACUGGGACAGAAUGGUGCAUGCACUCAUGAAUGUGCCCAAAGGAUUCCGGUACGCGAAAUUGGAGAGUGCAAGGACAAAGAGGGUUGAAGUGACGAGGGGGAGGGUCACGAUGAGGGUGGAGGAGCUGCGGCAGGAGUGGCCAACCACUGGUUGUAUGUUGCAGCUUGAUGAAUGGACAGAUCGCCGACAAAGACCACACAUCAAUGUGAUGGUCUCCUUUCCGAAGGGCUCUAUCUUCUGGCGAAGUGUGUGCAUGUCAGGGUGCAACAAAGGCGCCUCGACAUACUAUGGUAUUUUGAAGAGGGCGAUAGAGGAGAUAGGUGCGGAGGCAGUGAUGGGGGUCGUUAUGGACAAUGUUGCCGUUUGUGCACCUGCGGGGCGAAUGGAGGAAGCGGAUCACCCGCACAUCUUCUCGGUCCCAUGCACAACUCACUCGCUCGACCUCAUUUUCGAGUCUUUCACGAAGAUCACGUUUGUGGGCGAAGUUAUUAAAAGGGCGUCGGAGGUAGCAAAGUUCUUCACGAACCUUUCGCGGGUGCGGGAUCUCCUCCUCUACUCCAAUGGCAGCGUCAUGGCAAAACCGGGUGCGACCCGGUUUGCCACGAACUUCAUCAUGUUGUCGAGCCUACAGGGGUUGUACUUGCCGCUGCGAGCGUGUUUGAUGGAUGAUGAUUGGAAGCCAGCGAUUGUGCACACUUCGCAACACGAAUUGUUUGUAAGGGUGACACAUGCCAUCUUCGACGACACCUUCUGGGCAGUUAUCGAGAAGGUGAUGCAAACGUCCAAGAACCUCCUCAAGCUUCUGAAGAAGGUCGACGGUGCGGACCCCACCAUCAAUAAGGUGUACGCCCGUAUGGACAGCGCUGUGGAGAAACAUAGGGAGAGCAAGCAUUUCACGGAAGCAGAAAAGGAUGAGCUAGAGGCUAUAAUAAUGCGGCGCUGGAAUACAACGACUUCACCAUAGCAUUGUGCUGCGCUGUUAUUGGAUCCAGAGUACAGAGCGUCACGGCCGGAAUCC